UGAUACUCGAGUGGCUUUGUUAAUUAAAGGGGUUUGAAAUAAUUUAGACGUAGUACCUUUAAGGAAAUUAAAAAAGAAGAUUCACGGUUACAGGUUCACAUAAAGUAUGUUUUUAAGCCACGUAGUCGUGUCUCAGGCUUAUCUCGCCCAUUCCUUUUAGAUGCCGUUUGCACUUGCUAGUGGUGGAGGGCGCUUACAAAUAAAGGAACAGCGGAAGAGUGGUGGAUCUUAUUCUGGGUUUUGCUGACAGCGCCGUCAAACAAACUAACGCACACCUCCUGCUUUGGUCAGCUGACUGUGAGUGUGGUGCUCUGGUGAAGGACCUUCGAGUUGAAAACCCGUUAUUGUUUGAGCUAUGCAUCGGGAAUUGUGCCAAUUUUUAUUCGAUUAAAUCGUGUGGCCUGACACCGAAUCCACGUAACGCGUCGUGAGAGGGCAUCUGAAGUCGGGUGGAUUACCUUUCCACCAACAGCCAUGACAGAAUUCUGGUUGAUCUCUGCACCGGGGGAGAAGACAUGCCAGCAGACCUGGGACAAGAUGAUGGUGGCCACUACUCGCACCAACAACCUCUCCGCCAACAACAAGUUCAACAUACCCGACCUCAAGGUUGGAACCCUGGAUGUCUUAGUCGGUCUGUCUGAUGAGCUUGCCAAACUAGACACUUUUGUAGAGAGUGUGGUUAAGAAAGUGGCCCAGUACAUGGCUGAUGUUCUGGAGGACAGUCGAGACAAGGUCCAGGAGAACUUACUGGCCAAUGGAGUUGACCUGGUCACAUAUAUCACCAGAUUCCAGUGGGACAUGGCCAAAUAUCCUAUCAAGCAGUCACUAAAGAACAUCUCUGAGAUUAUCUCCAAGCAAGUGACUCAGAUAGAUAAUGACCUGAAGGCCAGAGCAUCGGCCUACAACAAUCUGAAGGGUAAUCUGCAAAACCUGGAAAGGAAGAAUGCGGGGAGCUUGAUGACCAGAAGUCUUGCUGACAUUGUGAAAAAAGAGGACUUCGUGCUCGACUCAGAAUAUCUGAUUACCAUGCUGGUGGUUGUUCCAAAGGUAAACUAUGCUGACUGGCAGAAGACAUAUGAAACCCUGGCUGAAAUGGUUGUUCCACGCUCCACUAACCUGCUGUUCGAAGACCAUGACAGUGGCCUGUUUAGUGUCACCCUCUUCAGGAAAGCUAUUGAUGACUUCAAGCACAAGGCCAGGGAAAACAAGUUUACAGUGCGUGACUUCCUUUACAAUGAGGAAGAGAUGAAGGCAGACAAAGAGGAGAUGACACGUCUGUCCACAGACAAGAAGAAACAGUUUGGGCCCUUGGUACGAUGGCUGAAAGUGAAUUUCAGUGAGGCCUUCAUCGCAUGGAUCCACAUUAAAGCCUUGCGUGUGUUUGUGGAGUCAGUCUUAAGAUAUGGUCUUCCAGUCAACUUCCAGGCCAUGCUGCUCCAGCCCAACAAGAAGAACAUGAAGAAAUUGAGAGAAGUGCUCUAUGACCUGUACAAACAUCUGGAUAGCAGCGCUGCUAUCAUUGACGCCUCCAUGGACAUCCCAGGGCUGAAUUUGAGCCAGCAGGAGUACUAUCCUUAUGUUUACUACAAGAUCGACUGCAAUCUGUUGGACUUCAAAGUCUAGACACCUUGCCUUCACCACUGUUGUAGUUAUUAGCCGCUCAGUGGAGUCUCGCCCUCACUGCGAUGGUGUUCCUGUGUGACAUGCUCAACCGCAAGCUUCAAUUCAGUCCCCCUUUUCUUCUCAUAGUCUCCCACAGGCUCUCUGUCCUUCUCAAUGCAACUCUCAAUCACCCUUUCACUUUUACAUUCCUGAUUCAGUGCCGUGUCCCUAAGCGAAGGGUGAUGAUCAGGGGUUACGAAUUCUAACUGGGCUGCAUAUCGGUGGAAACACUGGGCUACUUUUCACAGAUGUUUUUUAACAUAUUGGCCCAGAGUUUCUCCUUGUGCAAAGGUCCUACUCAAUCUCUACCCCCCCCUUUCUGUUUGUCAUGUGUUUUUUGUUUUUUUUGCUAUGAUGUAAAUGAAAAGCUUCCCUUUUUUUAAUCAGUGAAAGGGUUGGCAUUCCAUAUGGCAACAAAGGACCAAUUAUAUCUAUGGUGAAUAUUGUUGGGCGCUUCCCCCACUUAUUAUAUUACUGUCUUCAGCAGUCACAAGUUAAACACACAUUCUGAAAAUGUGUGUCUACUGUGUGUAACUGAUGAAAAAGAGGAAAAAAUGUGUUCAAUAUACUAUUUAUUUUGUGACGAAUCAAGCAUCGAUUGAUCGAUUUUUGGUUGUUAUGUUGAUGGUACUGUAUUACUAGCUCCGUACGUGUGGAAUGUCUGUUUCGAUGUAGAUGUGAAUUAUGAUGUUGCGUUGUCUCCACCCAAGCUGCUGUUCUGUGAAAUAUUGAGUCAGGUUACUUUUACCAAGAAGCAAUAUGUUAUAUGUGAACUGUCUGCAUUAAUUAUUUCUGUAUGUCAUGACGUUUUAAGAAAAACCCUAUGUGAAAAUAGUGUAUCGUCAAUAUGACUGAAAAGACUAUAUAUAUAUAUAUAUGAUAUCAGAAAUAAAUCUACAUAU